CACUGUUUCACAAAACUCUUCAGAUUUUAUAGCAAAGCUGAUAAUCGUUCUUCAGACCCCUCAACCGCCGCUCAUCGCCGCUUCCUCAGCUUCGGAGCACGAACUUCAGAGCCCGGCCACCUGAGCAUCUUCGGUCGCCGCCAUCCCGAUAUCCGGAUUUUUGGUUUAUAGUUUCAUAGAAUGCCAGAAGGCAAGGUAGUAAUCGGCACGUCAUGGGAACCGAAGUUGCCGACUUUUACUUCGGCAACCAAAACUGGGUCUCAUCAAAGCCAGCCAGAAAGUAGUAGUGGUGGUGGAAUCUGGAAACCUAAUUCGGAGCUUAUUGAUGGGCUUUUCGUUCCACCAAAUAACCCAAGAAAGUUAAACAAACUGCGUAGAAAGCAGCUCAAAGACACUGCUGGGAAUAGUUGGUUUGACAUGCCAGCACAUACGAUAACUCCUGAGUUGCAGAAAGAUCUCCAAUUGCUUAAGUUGAGGAACGUAAUGGAUCCAAAAAGACAUUACAAGAAGGGUGAUUCAAAGUCAACAACAAAGUAUUUCCAGAUUGGAACAGUGAUAGAGUCUCCAUUGGAGUUCUACUCUAAUAGGCUAACAAAGAAAGAAAGGAAGGCUACACUUGCAGAUGAGCUUCUUUCUGAUCGUACUCUUGGGGAGUACAGGAAGCGCAAGGUCAGAGAGAUAGAAGAGAAAAAUCGACCAGGUGGGAAUGAAAAAUGGAAGAUAAAAGGCAAGCAUUCACAAAAGCGAGCAAAGCAGAGAAGACAUUGACAUUUUCUCGGAAAGAGAUUACUGUAUUCUGCCGUGAUCAUACAGUGCAAAUUUUGUUUUAAGAUUUUAUGUGAUGGUGGAAUUAUUUUGUUUACUGCUAUAACAGAGAUGCUGUGUUGUAUUUCUUUAGUUUGGUUCAGAGGAAGAUUUAUAUACUCAA